AUGCAAGCCAUUAUUCCUGUCGAUGUUUACGUUGGAAACGAACCAUAUGAAGGGUCAAAAGUGCUGAAAGAUGUUAAAACAUCGAAUUCUCAUGGUCGACAAGCACUUCGAAUACGUACACGUGCUAUUAACAGUGCUAAAACAAAUAAAACAAAACCCAUAUCAUCACCAUUAUCGCAUAUUCCUAAACAAGUUGUUAUUCCUAAAGUAGCUGUACCAAAUCGUUCUCAAAGUUCAUCACCAAAUCGAGGACCAUGGGUUCCAGCACCAGGUCGUUCAACAAAAGGACAAAAAGUUUCUUUUCAAAAUCCAAAAUCACGUUUAGAAAUAAAUCCAGUUGCUGAGUUCAUUGUAGACGAUGAAGACAGUUGGAAUACUGAACGUGAUAAACACAAUACAACCGCAGAUUCUCAAUCGAAUACUCUUUCAAUAGAAGAUAAAGAAAAAUUGAUGGCAGACAUUCAAGUUUAUGAAAAGCGUAUUCAAAGUGUAAUUGACGGCAUUGGAAUACUCAAAGAGCUUGUACAUAAACGUACUAAUUCAGAACAAACUGAUCAACUUCGUUCGGACAUAGAUUCAUCUUUACAUGAAUUAGAAAGAUUUCAACAAAAUCACUCUCAACAUAUUGUCAAUCCACGAUCAAAACCAACUCGGUCUCGAUCGCUAUCACCAACACAUAAUAAGAAUCGUUCAUCGAGCGUUGACCCACAACCACGAAGACGAAGUGUUACACCGAAAGUUUCAUUUCAAGAUGAUCCAAUUAAUCGAAGACAAAGAGCACGAAGUUCAACUCCUAUACGAGGUCCAUUACAUCUUAAUCCGGAACGAGAACAAUUAUUAGCAACAUUAUCGAAUUCAGAAGCCGAUAUUUCACAAAUUACAAAAAAAUUAUCUUCUGUGACAACUUUACUAAAAAAACUUAGAUUAGACGAUCAACCUGUUUCAUAUGAAGUUGAACAAUUGCAUCAAUAUCGCAACGAAUUAUUGCAUUUGAUUGAACUGUUUCAACAUUCAAAUAGUAAAGUACAACAAUAUCUUCGACAUCAAUUUCAUUUAGAAGCUGAACAUGGAAUCAUUUUUGAUCAAUUUGAUACAUUAAAAACGCAUAUACAUGAACUUGAACAUGAAAAUGAACAAAUAAGACGUUUAUUACUUGAUAGAGAAAACGACAAUAUUGCUUUACUAGCAGAGCUUGAACGCAUAAGAUCACAUUCAAUUGGUUUUGAUACAAUGAAAACAUCAUUAGAACAAAAUCGUGCUCACCUUCAACGAGAAUUAUAUACAAAAGAAGGAGAAAUUCAUCGAUUACACUGUGCUUUACGAGCAUUAGAGCGUGAUCUACAACGGGGUCGUUGCUCUUCUGACAAUGCGAAUCGAUCUGUCAAACAUAAAUCAAUAUAUUCUUGUCCUUCUCCAUCUCGCGUCACAACUAAAUCAAAGGCAAUAACAAUCGAAAGAUUACAAGCAGAGCUAAAUGAUCGCGAUGAUCUUAUCAAUGAAUUGAAAACAAAAUUAGAUGAUAAUAGCGAUUCAGGAACAGGUGAUCUAAAAUUAGAAAAUAUACGUUUGAAAGAAAAACUUGAACAAACUGAACAAUUGUUAAAUGAAUGUAGAGCACAAUUACAUACUCGAACACUUCAAGCAUCAGCUCAUAAUAGUAAAAAUCAUUUAUCGGAAGUUGAAUUAGAAAAAGUUCGUAGCCGAUUACAGAAACGUAUUGAAGAGCUCGAUCCAUUACCUGAAUUAUUGAAACAAGCGGAAGUAGAAAAAGAAAAACUUCAACAAGAUAUUGAUGAACUUAGAAAACGUUUACCUCUACAAUCUAAUUUCUUAGCACAAUCUCCUGGUACGGAUCAAACUAGACAAACUCGUUUUUCACCCAAUGAUGAUAUUCGAGCUCUACAACGGAGAAUAGUUUCUUUAGAAGAAGAAAAUCAAAAACUAUCAAAAAUGCUUAACGCAAAAGAUGAAGAAUUACGUAAUGCACAAAUUCGUCUAAAUGCUAAAUCAUACGAAACAACACCAUUGAAUAAGCCGAAUGAUUUAAGAAGACCAGACUUUAAAGUUCGAGACGAUACGUAUGGUUCAAAGAAUAAUUUUCUGCAAAAAGAUACAUUUGAUCUUGAACAGCAAACUUCGAGACUUCACCUUGAACACGCACAAUUAAAACGAGAACGAGAUGAACUCGAACGACAUUUUACAUCUCAAAUGAAUGAAUUACGUGAAAAACUAGAACAAUCAAAUAAUGCCAAUCGAUCGAUGCAAAAUUACAUUAAUUCAUUGAAGACCACCUAUGCAACACUUUUUAAUGAUACAGUACCCACAUCUUUAACACGAUUUACAACAACCUAA